AAAGGCUCUUGCGGGAUUGGCAGCAGGUAGGAGCGGGGCUCUGGAUGGCUACGAAUCCGCACCGGCGUCCGAACCGCGACUGAAGGGCAAUUACUGUGACAAAUGACGAACAAUUUGUGAACGGCAAUCCCAAACACAAUGACACGUCAGUUUUGCUGUCCCUGUCCAGAUAUCUAUUGUUGAUCUUUGGAGAUGAAGAAGUAUCUCAUCCCAGAGGGAAAUGUGCUUUGUCUCUGAAAUGAAGUUUCUGUAGUAACUCAGUGAAACCCCACUGGAACUGGGGUGCUGAAAACACACCAGCAUUUGCUCACAGGAGAUUAGUUCUUCAGCUGUUUUGAUUGUACCAGGGAGUAACUACAGCUGAUAUCUGACUGUGAAUUGAGGGAGAACUGUGCGGAGAGAUUCACUCACUCAUUCCACACACAGACAUAACAGUGAUUUCACACUGACGAGAUGCCGUUCACCUGCUCUGAAUGUGGGAAGGGAUUCACUCGGUCAUCCAACCUGCAGAGACACAAACGAGUUCACACCGGGAAGAGGCCUUUCACCUGUUCAGUCUGUGGGAAGGGAUUCACUCAGUCAUCUGCCCUACUGGCACACCAACAAAUUCACACUGGGGAGAGGCCAUUCACUUGUUCUGGAUGUGGAAAGGGAUUCACUCAAUCAUCUGCCCUACUUGUACACCAGCGAAUUCACACUGGAGAGAGGCCAUUCACCUGCUCUGAAUGUGGGAAGAGAUUCAAUCGGUCAUCUGAAUUGAAAGUACACCAGCGAAUUCACACUGGGGAGAGGCCGUUCACCUGCUCAGACUGUGGGAAGGGAUUCACUCAGUCAUCCCACCUGCAGACACACCAGCGAGUCCACACUGGGGAGAGGCCGUUCACCUGCUCAGACUGUGGGAAGGGAUUCACUCACUUAUCCAGCCUACAGAGGCACCAGCGAGUUCACACUGGAGAGAGGCCAUUCAUCUGCUCAGACUGUGGGAAGGGAUUCACUCAGUCGUCCCAGCUACAGGCGCAUCAGCGAGAUCACAUUGGGGAGAGGCCAUUCAUCUGCUUAGACUGUGGGAAGGGAUUCACUCAGUCAUCCCUCCUACAGACGCAUCAACGAGUUCACACUGGAGUGAGGCCGUUCACCUGUUCGGAAUGUGGGAAGAGAUUCACUCAGUCAUCUCACCUACAGACACACCAGUCAGUUCAUACUGGGGAGAGGCCAUUCACCUGUUCAGUUUGUGGGAAGGUGUUCAGUCACUCAUCCAGCCUACAGAGACACCAACGAGUUCACACUGGAGAGAGGCCAUUUACCUGUUCUGUAUGUGGUAAGGGAUUCACUCAAUCAUCUGACCUACUGGUACACCAGCGAGUUCACACUGGGGAGAAGCCAUUCAUCUGCUCAGAAUGUGGGAAGAGAUUCACUCAGUCAGCCAACCUUGUGGCGCACUACCGUGUUCACACUGGGGAGAAAGUUUAAAUAAGUUGUGUGUGGGAUAUUUCACCAUUCCGGUUGCUGAAUGCAGAGUUAAUUUCACAAAUGACUGUUGGUGUUGAGCACUGCAAUUAUUGCUACUGUUCAUCAAAUCCUGUUAUGCACCCCGGUCUCUGGGCAUGGGGUGAGUUAUGUCAAACCCCGUUCUGCACCCCAGUUUCUGGGUGUGGAAAGAGUUUUGUCAAACCCAGUCCUGAAUCCCGGUCACUGGGCAUGGAGUGAGUUAUGUCAAACCCCGUUCUGCACCCCGGUCUCUGGGUGUGGGAGAGGUUUUUUUCAAACCUAGUUAUGCAUCCUGGUCUCAGGGCAUGGGAGGAGUUUUGUCAAACCCCGUUCUGUACCCCGGACUCUGGGUGUGGGAGGAGUUUUGUCAAACCCCGUUCUGUACCCCGGACUCUGGGUGUGGGAGGAGUUUUGUCAAACCCCGUUCUGUACCCCGGACUCUGGGUGUGGGAGGAGUUUUGUCAAACCCAGUUCUGUACCCCGGACUCUGGGCGUGGGAGGAGUUUUGUCAAACCCCGUUCUGUACCCCGGACUCUGGGUGUGGGAGGAGUUUUGUCAAACCCAGUUCUGUACCCCGGACUCUGGGUGUGGGAGAGGUUUUUUUCAAACCUGGUUAUGCAUCCUGGUCUCUGGGCAUGGGAGGAGUUUUGUCAAACCCAGUUCUGUACCCCGGACUCUGGGUGUGGGAGGAGUUUUUUUCAAACCUAGUUAUGCAUCCUGGUCUCUGGGCACGGGAGGAGUUUUGUCAAACCCCGUUCUGUACCCCGGUCCCGGGCAUGGGGUGAGUUAAGUCAAACCUCGUUCUGCACCCCGGACUCUGGGUGUGGGAGGAGUUAUGUCAAACCCAGUUCUGCUCCCUGAUCUCUGGGUGUGGGAGGAGUUUUGUCAAACCCCGUUCUGAACCCCGGUCUCUGGGUGUGGGAGGAGUUUUGUCAAACCCCGUUCUGAACCCCGGUCUCUGGGUGUGGGAGGAGUUUUGUCAAACCCCGUUCUGUACCCCGGUCUCUGGGUGUGGGAGGAGUUUUGUCAAACCCAGUUCUGAACCCCGGUCUCUGGGUGUGGAAAGAGUUUUGUCAAACCCAGUCCUGAAUCCCGGUUACUCGGCAUGGGGUGAGUUAUGUCAAACCCCGUUCUGCCCCCCCCCCCCCCCCCCCCCCGGUCUCUGGGCGUGGGAGGAGUUUUGUCAAACCCCGUCUGCAUCCCGGUCGAUGGGCAUGGGAGGAGAUUCUUCUGCUGUUAUUGGACACAUUACAUUAAGAUGCUGGAUUUAUUUAUAGGAUCACUUUUAGUCAUAGAACAUAAAUGUUGGGCAUGUGAAGGCCAGAGGCAGAACAACCACACUCAGCAUGGUUGGAGGAUGGUUUGCUUUUGUGGUUGCUGGUAUAGACACAAUGUGUUAAAACACCUGAAUAAUAGCUGCAGAUUUAGCUGAUUCUCAGAUGGUGAUUGUCACAACAACAGAUUCAGCAGCGCAGCAGAUACAGCUAUUGUGCUAAUGAAUAUCCACGUGUCAGCUAGCGGUUGUCGAGAUUUAAACCCAGCGCAAUAACGCUUCGCUGCCUGCUUGCAUUCGGCCUUGCCUGAGAAAUUGAACUUUCAAGUCAACUGACUCUGAAGACUAGCGGUCUUCAUUUUAUGUUUAGUUGUUCUUUCCAGCCGCAGUGUAGGCUUUGUUUUCCAUUUGAGAGUUCUAGUUAACGGCCCUGUUUGGCCUAGUGAUUAUUGUUUUCUUUUCACUCUAACACUGUUUGGAUUACAGUUUGUGAACUGUCGACCCACUUCAGUGUCUCUCACUCCGCACUUGGGUCAUAUCCGAACCCGGUGACAGCAAGUCUCGGCACAACAAAGAUGGACCCAUCAGAGAGAGAACAGCUGACCUUGGCCAUGAGAUUUAUUGGUCAGGUAGGCGAUAGGCUACAGGCAAUGGAAUCUGUUUUCAGUGAAGUCACUGAAGCAACUAUGUAGAUAGUCUCGUGCCGACAAGCCCAGUCUCGGAGGAACAGGUAUCAUCCCUAGCCGCAACUGUUGAAGAGCACACUACAGACAAUCAGACUCAGGUUUCUGCGAUUACCGCACUCACGGCCGCCAUCCAUGAACUUACUGUGAAUAGCCAGUAUCAGCUGACAGCCAUUAAUGUUCUUGCCAGCUCAAUUCAGCAGCUUCAGGCCGUCUCAGUCCCACUCCCAGCAUCUCGCAGGUCUUCCUUUUCUGUUGCCCCGAUAAUCUCUGCUACUAAUGCUCCCGGACCAGAGCUGACUCCUGCAUUCGGAUCCCCACAGACUCCCACACACGUACAGGAACGGAGUAUACCACCUCCAAGCAGAUAUUAUUGUGAUACCAAUGGUUGCAGGAACAUUAUUACCCAAUGUGAGUUGAUAUUCCAAGCCCCACCUGGUCAUUUUGGUGAUGACGCACAAAAACUGGUGUAUGUGGUCAAUCUAGAUGGACCUCCACUUACCUUGUUAACAUUUUACGGGAGCAAGGAUAGCCCGCAGCCCAGUCAUUCUGGCAUUUCGUGCCGGAGUUAAGGAGGGUUUUUGAUCAUCCAGUACAGGGUCAGGAGGCUUCCCACUGACUCUUGGACCUGCGCCAAGGCAAAGGAACGAUGAGAACCUAUGCAGUUAAAUUCUGUACCCUUGCAGUAGAGACGGGAUGGAAUGAGAGAUCCCUCAUCACUGCCUUCCAGCAUGGACUGAAUGCAAGGGUCUGGCAUGAGGUCGCUGUCCAGGAUGAGCAGGGUAGUCUGGAUGACCUGAUUAAUCUGGCUAUUCGAGUUGACGACCGGGUUACUGAGUGGCACAGGGGAAGAAAGUUUAGUAUGCGCUGCCAGAUCACUGUCUUUCCUUGUCCUCACCACCCAGCACCCAGCCCAUGGAGGAGCCUAUGCAAGCAGGACACAUGCGCCUGUCUCAGGAGGAACGAGAGCAGCGCUGGGGAACAGGUUCCUGCCUCUGUUGUGGUGAUCCAGGACACUUCCGGGCGGCAUGGUCCAGGCAUCCAGUAAAAGAGAAUACCCGUCAACAGGGAGGGGAAUCAGCAUUCUGUAAUGCUCGCAGCUUCCUUGUCGUCUCCUUGAACUCAAAGUGUUUAUUGACUCUGGUGCAGCUGGGAAUAUUAUGGACAUCUCUCUCGCUCCGAGGUGGGGAGUUCAGAGAAAGGAUCAACGUCAAGGCGCUGGAUGAUCGACCUCUGGCCAGAUCCACCUUUCCACUGCUCGAAGGUAACAAUCAUGAAGAAAUAUCUUUCUAUCUGGUUAGUUCACAUGAACUGCCACUGGUUAUUAGUCUCUUGGUCAUCCCGACAUAACCCAUGGAUCGAUUGGUCUCUGAAGGAACACCAAGAGUGGGGACCGACAUGCGGAUCUCGUUGAGAUUUUCAGGAAAAGAAAGGCCACCAACCUGCCCCCACACCGACCAUAUGACUGUGCCAUAGACCUCCUACCUGGCACUAGUCCUCCCUAGGGCCAGCUCUUUUCCCUUUCUCGUCCUGAAACGGUGGCCAUGGAGGAAUACGUAAAGGAGGCAUUGAGCAUGGGAUUAAUCCGUCCAUCAACCUCGCCAGCAGGAGCGGGCUUCUUUUUGUGAGCAAGAAAGAUGGCAAGCUCCAUCCCUGCAUUGAUUAUCGGCCCCUGAGCAACAUCACUGUGAAGAACCGCCACCCUCUUCCCUUGCUGGCUUCUGCGUUUGAACAUCUCCAGGGAGCAACCAUAUUUUCCAAAAUUGAUCUGUGCAAUGCUUACAAUCUGAUUCGCAUAAGGGAAGGGAAAGAGUGAAAGAUGGCUUUCAGCACCUCUAAUGGACACAAUGAGUACCUGCCGAUGCCUUUUGGUCUGGCCAAUCCCGCUGUAUUCCAGGCCUUGUUUAACGAUGUGCUCAGGGACAUGUUGAACCAGUUUGUGUUUGUGUAUUUAGAUGACAUCCGUAUCUAUUUCCACUCUCAUCAGGAGCACGUCCAGCAUGUCCGGAGAGGACUCUGAUGGCUUCUUGAAAAUAACCUGUAUGCCAAGCCUGAAAAAUGUGAAUUCCAUAAAGACCAGGUAUUGUUUUUGGGCUCUGUACUCACCCUAUCCAGUGUUCAAAUGGACCCUAGUAAAGUUCAGGCAGUUGCAGAGUGGCCCAAACCGUCUACAGUCAAACAGGUACGGCACUUCAUGGGGUUUGCGAACUUUUAUUGUCGCAUCAUCCACAAUUUCGGCUCCAUCACGGCUCCAAUUAAUGCACUCACCAAGAAGACCUCGGCACGAUUCCAUUGGACGGACGAUGCCGACAAAGCAUUUUUCGAACUGAAACGACGUUUCACCACUGCCCCACUGCUGCAACAGCCAGACCCAUCUCAACCAUUCAUCGUCGAGGUGGAUGCAUCCGAUGUUGGCAGUGGAGCUGACCUCUCUCAGCGCUCGUUUGUGGAUAGCCGACUGCACCAUGUACCUUUCUUUGCUGUUGCUUGACUCUGGUUGAGAAGAAUUAUGACAUUGGGAACCAGGAGCUUCUGGCUGUCAAGGAGGAAUGGCGACACUGGCUGGAAGGGGGCAGAGGAUCCAUUCUUGGUCCGGACAGAUCACAAGAACCUCUCCUACAUUCAGGAUGCUGAGAGACUCAACUCUCGUCAAGCCCGAUGGGCUCUCUUCUUCACACGGUUCAAUUUCAUCCUCACUUAUCAUCCCGACAACAAGAGUACAAAGGCUGACGCUCUCUCCCGGCAGUUCGAUGGAUCUGAGGACAAUGACGAUCCAGAGCCCAUUCUUCCUUGCUCGUGUAAAUCUGCUCCAGUGAUCUGGGGAAUAGAGGCAGAGGUGAGGGCCGCCCAACAAUCAGAUCCAGGCCUGGAUGGGGGACCUCCCAACUGGCUUUGUCCCUGCUGUGGUGUGUUCCAAAGUGUUGGAAUGGGGUCACUCCUCCCGUCUGGCUGGACAUCCGGGAAUUCAAUGGACUCAGGAGUUCAUACAGAGCCAAUUUUGGUGGUCAUCUAUGUCCCAGGAUGUUUACGACUUUCUGUCUGCUUGUCCCACCUGCGCUAGAAACUAGACAUCACACCAGCAUCAGUUAUGUCCACUGCCUGUGCUCCACUGCCCCUGGUCCCGCCUCUCAGUAGAUUUCAUCACUGGUCUGUCCUCGUCUACUGGAAACACAACCAGUUAGGUCAUUGUGGAUUGGUUUGCCAAGGCUGCCCACUUCGUUGCCCUCCCCAAGCUCCCAUCGGCUCGUGAGACUGCCACACUCAUGGAUCAACAUGCGUUCAGGCUCCAUGGCUUUCCUCAAGACAGAGUGUCAGAUCGUGGACCACAGUUCACUUCCCGCUUUUGGAAGGCUUUCUGCUCUCUUGUAGGAGCCACGGCCAGCCUCUCGUCUGGCUUCCACCCCCAAUCUAAUGGCCAGACUGAGAGAGGGAACCAGGGGUUGGAGACAAUCCUGUGCUGUCUUGCCUCUUCCAACCCCACGUCCUGGAUCUCCCAAUUGGUUGGUUUCGGCAGAGAUUGCCCACAAUAAUUUCCAGUCAUCUUCUUUAUGUUUCCCUUUGAAUGCCAGAAGGGAUUCCAACCCUGCUCUUCCCUGAUCAGGAUAUUGAUGUAGGAGUUCCUGCUACUGAACAGCUGAUCCAGCGCUGCAAGCGCACCUGGAGACGACCCAGGGCUUCUCUGUUGCACGCCCAGAAACAGCAUUCCCGGCAGGCUGAUCGGCUGUUGACAGGUAAGGAGAGGAGGUCUGGUUGGCAUCAAGGGAUCUUCCCCUGAAAGUCGAGAACCGGAGAUUGGCACAGUGCUAUGUGGGACUGUUUGUAAUGGAAAAGGCUGUCAACAAGGUGUCCUAUAGAUUGCAUCUGCCAGCAUCACUGAAGAUCCACCCAGUAUCCCAUGUUUCCCAGCUCAAACUGGUUACUAUCUCUCCCCUGGCCCCAGUCACCCCACCUCCCCCUCCUCCCCACCUGGUAGAUGGUUCCCUUGUCUAUACUCUGCGGCGCCUCCUGGCAUCUCACUGGGUACAUGGUAAGGUCUAGUACCUUGUGGACUGGGAAGGGUAUGGCCCGAAAGAACAUACUUGAAUCCCAGCAAAGGACAUCUUGGACAAUUUGCUGAUCUGGGACUUCCAGCGGACACAGGUCUGAGGCGCCCUGGGGCUGCGCCUAGAGAGGGGGGCCAUGUCACACCACGGAUUUGGCAGUGCAGCAGAUACGGCAAUUGCGCUAAUGAAUAUGCACAUGUCAGCUAAUUAUCAUUUCAUUGAGUAUUUAACUGCAUUCUUUCCAUUGUAGUGCUCUUUGAGACUUGAACCCAGCACAGCAAAGCUUUGCUGCCUGCUUGCGUUUGGCCUUGCUUGAGAAAUUGGACUGUUAUGUCAACUGACCAUGAAGACUAGCGGUAUUUGUUUUAUAUUUAGUUAUUUUUUUCAGCCACAGUGUAGAGUUGAGAGUUUUAAUUAACGGCCCUGUUUAGCUGAGUGUUUAUUGGUGUCUUUCCCCUCUAACUGUGUUUGACCUGCUUCAUUGUAUCUCACUCCACACUUGGGCCAUAUCUGAACCUGGUGACAGUGAUACUGAGAUUUUCCCGGUCCCAAAGUGACAAAUCUGGGCCUUAGAUCUUCCUGCUUACCAGCAUUCCCAAUGGAGCAGCACUGAUCAAGUCAGGACUUGGCUAAUUCAUGUUUACAACCUCGAUGGACCGAAAGCACCAAUCAUGGACUCAGGAAUUGUUCCCAUCAUUGGGAUUUAUUCAUGGCCUCAAAUUCUUUUCAUGAACUGCAUCUUCCAUCUGAAGGGGUAGGAGAAAACCUGCACAAGAUGUAAAGUCUCCUUGAGAGAUUUUUCUUCUUUAGAUAUAUAUAGAUGAUGGUAAGAUGUAUUGCUCCAGGAGUUGAUUCCUAAUGGUUUUUUUCUUCUUUUUUCUUUUUCCUUCUCUUGUAGUUAGUGGGUUUUCUUUUAGUUAGUUGGGGUUCUCUUUUUUUCCUUCUUUAUAAAAUAAUUUUUUUCACUAUCAUCUUUUUGGUAAGUUUUUUUUCAGCUUUAUAAAUUGUAUAUAUAUAUCAACUUGUAUCAUUUAAUAGCUGUAGAAGAUUAUGUAUCAAUAAAAAGAUUUUAAAAAUGAAAAUGAGAGAGAGAGAACUCCAGCACCCAUUCCUUCAGGAAGCAUUGUUGAGAAGGAUUGUCUUUGGGAGGGAUGAUAGAUUAGUUGUUGGGAUUUGGGGACAACUCUGGGUAAAUAUGUUACUUUACUGCUUAGGACCCACUGUAUUUUUUUUUAUCCUGGACGUUUGCUAAGGAUCUGCUCCCAGGGUGAUGUCAACGAAGGCCUGUCAAUGAUAUCAGACUGACUGAAGAUGGUGCCCAAUGUCCCACCACAGACCAGAGAACUUGCUCCCUUUAAUACUCAUGCAGUGUCCGAAUCGGUCUGAAUCUGUCAUGUAAUAAUCCGUUGAUGGCCAAAUGUUAGUGAUUUGGAUGAGAAUGUAGGUCAAACAAUUAGUGAGGUUUUGGAUGACACCAAAACUGGUGUGUGGUAAAAGUAAGGGUUGUCUAAGGUUACAGUGGAAUGGAGACCUGCUGGAAGGAGGACCAAGGAAUGGCAGGUGGAACUUAACAGGACAAGUACAAUGUGAUAGAUCAUGUGAUUUUAAACUGGAGCAAAACACGCUCUAAUAACUGGGCCCAGGGAGAGCUAUGUAACCCCUUUGCUGUCCUGUGGGGGCGUGCCUUAUUCUCAUUGUUGAAAGUCGCCUCUGUUGUGAUUGGUUAGUUUAGAAACUGCAACUGCUUUUUCCCAUUGGAUAGCUGCCUGGUGUCCAGUUUCAAAUAACCUGAGUAUAUAAUAUACUACAAGGAAGGGGUUUGUUCUCUUCUUCCUUUGUUUAGGACAGGAUGCACAUGACAAUUGGAAAGGUAUGCUUUGUGCACACUUUUAAUGAAGUAUGUUUGUUGAAUAUUCUGAUUUGUAGUGUCUGUAACUUGGGGAACAUGAAUGUUUGGUUGAUUUUUACUGUUUGUAAAUAAAUGAUUGAUACCCCCAUUCGCAGACAAUGCUUUCUGUCUCACUUGUUAGGCUCAUGAACCUGAUUCAGCAUUACACUCGCUUGCUUCAGGACCAUUUCCAUUUUAUCCAUCCUUCCACCUCUAAAUUUGUUUUUGCAUUGACUUAUUUCUAAUUUUAAAAGUUAUAAUUUCUGUGUGCCGAUGGGCGUUUGUCAUUCUGACCAGUUCUGCCUGAAGUUGUUUAGUCUGAUUGUUUCUUGGUGAAAUUUGACAAUGGGUUCUCCCCUCAGUUGGACCUUCAUGUUCGCAUCAGCAAUAGGAAUUGACCCUGCUCCAGCUCCAGGUCAGCUCAGCAUUGCUCAGAGUUACUGUACUGGCACUGAAAAGGACCCAGUUGCUGACAUCCCAGGCCACCCUGUCAUGUAAAACUCAGUGCACACUUGAGACCUUCUAGAAUAGAAGAAACGUCCUUGUCUGGCACAAGCUGGCUGUGAGGCAUCUCUGUCCACCCGUACCCGAAUAAGACUGGUUCCCCUAAGCACUGGCAGCUACUGCAAGUGUGUCCUUCAUCAGGAGCACACUUCAAGUUCUCUGGUGAUACCAACCUAACCCCAGGACUUCCAGAAACAGGAUUUCCAGUUGGCACCAACUCAUUUGGGGGAAGCACCCUCUGGGACUCUACUCAUUCAGGGGCACCAGUGUUGUGGGUGGGUUAAACUUUGGGGAGUGCGGCCCAUUGAUGGACUGUAGACAUUCACAAGAGAUGUGGAGCGAUAAGCUAGCUGUGCUUUGUAGGGUCUUUUGCCUUCAGCAGGAAACUCUUAACAGUGUGCACUGCUCUUAUCAUCUUUCCACUUUUACACCCUGGGAAAAUUUUCACUGCUAAUAUUAACCUGGUGGGGGACCGUGAUUUGAUGGAGUAAGGUUGAAGAUCAGUGAAUGUCAAUUUUGGGAAGAGUUGAGCUCCAACUUGUGCACAUUUGACUGUUUAUUUAUAAUGGGCCCUUUUGUUUUUUUUCUUUCUCUUCUUUACUAAUCUUUUAAUUAAGAUUCAUAAAUAUAAUUCCUUUAAUUUAUGCAGUGUGCUGUCUGUUAUUUCUUGGAACUGAGUUGUAACAGGGUAGCAAAUGAAUUUAAUUAAAUUGACUAUUUCUUACA